AUGGCUGGUUUGUAUUCCUAUAUUGUGCAUGGUGGACCGGACCCAGAGUGGUACUCGUGCACAAAUCAUACGAUGGCUUACUGGUACGCACAAGGGAUUCGUCGACCCUAUUUUGCUGUCUACUUCUACCUCACAGCGACAGUGAUGAUUACAAUUUACGCCUCUUGUUUAAUUGGAAUGGUGACAAGUGGUUUAAUCAAAAAACAUGGUUGCUACAAAAUCAUGUUCACAAUGGGUUUCUUCGACAUUUCUUCGAUUGUUGUCAACUCAUACAUUACGGGGUACUUGUGCUUUGUGGGUGGAGUCUUUUGCACUCAUCCGAGACUCGUCUAUUUGGGCGGAAGUAUUGGAGUUGGGCUUUGGUCGGGUUCCUGUGUUUUGGUCAUCUUGCUCGCUCUGAAUCGAUUCAGUGAACUAUCCCAGACGUGGAUUUUGGUUCAAAUCUUUCAGGGAAAUCGAAUCUACCUGACGCUCACCUUGCCAUUCCUUUGGGGCAGUUUCAUGUCAUUAUUGAGUCCAGCGGGGAUGUUCACAUCAAAACAGCUCGCCUGGUUCUUUGAUCCGUUCAACGGGAGUGGGAAAGACUAUACCAACCUCCCGCACACAGUCAACAAUUGUAUCGUGGCCAUUCUGGCUACAGUUGCUUAUAUUAAUAUUUGUUGCAAAAUGGCAAAGAAAAGCUCAUUUUCUAGACAAGCCUUUGGGAAAGUUCAGCGACAGUUAUUCCUCCAAGCGACUCUAAUUUGCUCUAUUCACGCAAUUGCUUCGUAUGGAUAUGUGAUGAUGAAUUUUUGGAAGGGAUUCCCAGUUCAGUUGAUCAUGGUUGGGCAUGUGGCUUGGCAGUGGAGUAAUGGAUCCCCAGGCAUUGUCUACUUUUGUAUGAAUCAACGACUGCGUCUCGCCGUUUUUCACAUUUUCGGUUUUCGAUCGAAAUCAAUUCACUCGACAAGAACACACAGUUAUAGUAAUUGCUCAAGAGAACCCGAGGAGAAAGAGAGUCCCAGCAACAACAAGGAGGCUGUGUUGAUCGGAGCAGAAAGGAAGAUCAACGGGAAAUGGACGUGGACUGACGAGGCUCCAUUUGACUUUGAGAAUUGGUUCAAUCUGGCAAAUCCGACAACGGCUACUGGGAACUGUAUUACGUUGAAUGCCGCCAAUGUGAACGGCAAUGCCAAUGCCAAUGCCAGUGAACGGAUCAACGAAUCGAGUGACUGGAAAAUUGCAAGUGAA